AUGACGGUUCAGAAGCUUCCCAAUGUUGGUGAUCGUGUAGGUGUUGGCCGGAAGCGUGGAUUUAUAAGAUUUGUUGGUAACCUACACAUUAAUGUCGGGUCAGGUGAAAUCUGGCUGGGAAUUGAGUGGGAUAAUGAUGGAGACGGGAAGCAUGAUGGCAUAUUGCAAGGAAAGCGAUAUUUUCAAACCCGGUAUGUUUUAGAUUAGUUUGAUUUUAUUAAGGAAUAUUUUUGCUUUUUUUAAAUUUUAAUGACAUAAUUUUGAGGAAACCUCGUUCCGGCUCGUUUGUGCGCUUAAAAGAUGCUAUUCUUGGCAAAGGGUUUAUAGAAACUUUGAAGGAUCAGUACUCAGGACAAGACGAACAGUUAGAGGAAAUUAUUUUUGUGAUAAAACAGAAGGAAUUUGAUUUUAGGUAUGUUAAUAUAGUUUUUGUUAUUUCUGUCCUUAGUUAUGUCGAAAAGAGAAGCAUCUUGGUAUUGGAAAGCAAGUACGUAGCACAUUUGGAAAAGAAUGUUAAUCAAAAGUUUGACAGAUGUUUGGAAUUAUCAUUGGCCAACAAUCUGUUAUCAACAUUUAAAGAUGUGUUUGAUAUCUUGUCUUUGUUUCCUAGUAUAACAGUGGUAGAUCUAUCGUAAGUUUUUUAAGUUUUAGUAGAUUAUUGUGUAUCUUUUGAUUUAUAUUCAUAUAUUGGUGUUAGUUUUUAAAGUUUCUUAUUUAUAUUGUUUUAGGUUUAAUAAGAUGAAGUUAAUGGAUGAGAUGACCAAAACUUUGAAAUAUGUGACAUCUUUGAAUCUGUCAAGUUGUUUGUUGGAUGUUGAGACGAUUUCAAAGCUGCAAUGUUUCCCAAAUCUUAAGAAUCUGUAUUUAAUGAACAAUGAGCUUGAAUAUGUACCUGAUCUCUCUGGAUACGAAAAGUUGGAACUGGUGGAUUUAUCUGCCAAUCCCUUGGUUGAUUUUACAAAAUUAUGGAAGCUAAAGGAUCUUAAAAGGUAGGUCGAUGUUUGUAAUUGUAUUUUAAAGUUUUUUAAACGAUUUUUAAUUGUUUGAAUUUAUUUGUUUUAGGUUAUCGACUCUGAAUUUGAAGAAAUGCGGGUUUACAUCGGUGCAAUUUGAUGAAAAACUUGGGUUUGAUGCCUUGGAGUGUUUGUGGCUGGAUUCUAACCCGUUUGGCGAUGUAAGUACUCGUAUUUUACUUUAUUUUAAAGCGAAGAGGAGUAAAUUAUGAUUUCUAAAACUUUUUUGUACCAAGAUCAUGUUUAUAAUUGUAGUGGGAAUCAAUAAACCAGCUAGCUCGUCUACCAUCUCUAAAGAACAUUCGAACAGGAGAUCUUUACGUAGCCAACAGAAAUCUUCAAACUUAUGAAAUUUUUGUGGCCAAACUUCCGAAGAUCAAGAUCCUUAAUGGUUGCACAAUAACAGAAACUGAGCGUACGAAUUGUGAAAAGUUUUUUCAAGUCAGAUUCAGUGAACCGCCAAUUCUAAAGGUACAUGAACAAGACCUAGCCAGGUUCGAAGCCAAAUAUGGAGCAGUUUAUGAAAAACCGCCGGAAGAAGAAACGAAUAUAAAGCAGAUCAAGAUGAAACUAAAAUACGGGGACAAAGUGAUCAAUAGAACAAUAUUGUUAAGCGUAAACAUGGAGAAUAUUGUGGCUAUGGCAUCACGGCUACUGCGAUUUGAUCCUUCUAGAGUUGAAGUGAAGGUUGAGAUUCAGAAGGGCGUCUUUGAUACCGUGGAGUGGAAUUCUUCUAGGGUUUUGCGGGCGUUUGAGCCAGAAGAAGGAGCAAUGAUUGAGUUCGUUGAUGAAUAA